CGAGAUACAAUUGCGGUACAUUCAACUUGAGGUUUACUCACGGUGAAGUCACGCAUCUCAUCUAAAAUGGCUUUCAAGCUGGUAGUGCUGGUGUGCGCGAUCGCGUCAGUCCGCGCAGGAGUGGUUGCCCCCGCCGUGUACUCGCACGCCGCCCCCGCGGCCUACGCCGCGGCGCCCGUGGUGCACGCCGCGCCGGUCGCGCACGCCGCCCCAGUAGCCUACCACGCCGCCCCCGUCGCCUACGCCGCACCCGCCGCCAAGGUCGUCGAAGACUUCAACGCGCACCCCCAGUACAGCUUCGCGUACGACGUUCAGGACGGCCUCACCGGUGACUCUAAGACCCAGCACGAGUCUCGCGACGGUGACGUCGUCAAGGGCUCCUACUCCGUGGUGGACCCCGAUGGCACCAAGCGCACCGUUGAAUAUACCGCUGAUGAUCACAACGGCUUCAACGCGGUCGUGCACAAGGAGCAGCUCGCCGUCAAAGUGGCCGCCCCCUUGGUCGCUAAAGUCGCCGCGCCGGUGGCCUACCACGCCGCGCCCGUCGCUCACGCCGCUCCCGUCGUGCACGCUGCGCCCGUAGCUUAUUCCGCCCCUGUUUACCAUCACUAAAAUUAGCACAAAACCUAGUCAUUUUUAUUUAUUGUCAAAGCAACCAUGACAUGAAAAUAAAGUUUUUAUUUUUAUA